GCAGUAUUUAUUGAUUUCUCGAGAGGCUCUGAUGAAGUUUUUGUGCAAUGCUGCAACAGGAAAAUUGUUUAAAAAGAAAUUAAAUUAAAAUUAGCAUGUUACGUCAAGAGAACUUGGCCGCCAACUUUUGCGGACUCCUGGCCGCUCAGGGCUACAAGGAAAAGGCCAACGAGUGGCGCAUUUUGGGUCAGGAGCAGGACGGCUCGCUGCUUACUUCAUGGAUAUUUGAGUAUUUGGAUGAGUCGAGCAAGCGGGAAACUUGCAUUGGUCACUUUCAUGCCACGAAAAAACAGCUGCGUGUGCUCUGGACCCUGCCAGGCUGCGUAGAAGUAAUCCAGGCGAGCAUUAAUAGCAGCAUAACCUUGUUGUCGUAUGUGGUCAAGAAUUCGCAGCGUUAUCAGGCGUUUGUCGUUGAGGUGCGCAGCAGCGAGGGCGGCACGCCGACAUGCCUGACCGCAGAAUCCUCGCCUCGCCAGAUAAUGACGCAGUUUCUGUGGCGUGUGGAGAGCGCGACGCGCACCUGCUGGCAGGACAAGUUGCUGGUACUUACACACGAGGAUUCCAUCAAACAGUUCAGCUGCACGGUCAAACAGAGUUCCACGACAUCACAUUCGGGCAGUGCAGAGGGCAGCGCCUGGCACUUAGACGUCAGCAUACUAACGCAUGAGACGCUAGCCAAGAACUUCAGCUGGGCUCAGUGGGAUGCCGAGAGCCAAGCACUUUAUUACAUCCACCUAAAGCCAAAGGCAGUCAGCCUCAGUUUGCUAGACGAACGGGAGCAGAUUGGUGAACAGGCUGCGCCGGUGCUCAGCCCUACACUGUCCGCGUUUCAGUUUAACGAAAAGCAACCCACGGAGACAGUUCUCAACAUUCCGCUCAAUUUGCCAAAGCUGCCCGCAAAUGCAGCAGGGAACGCACCCAGCUAUGAUGACGAUGCCGUACCGCUGCGCGUGCACGACAGUUCGCUGAAUCUGAUCAUCCUGGCGGACAGCUCGGGCAUGUUCUUCGUGUGUCACUAUUAUCUGUACCAGCCCAUGCAACCGCAGUAUGCACAGGGAGCUACGAAGCAGCCGCAGCAGCAGGAUGUUCACUUUGCCUACUCUGUUUCGCUGUUGCAUCACGGCUGUGUGCUGCACUGCGUCAUGCCGGGCGUGCCCUGGCAUAAGGCACGUCUGUUACGUCCCACCUUUGCGCUGCAGGGUGCACAUCAUCUGCUGGUAUCGUCCGCCUUCUUUGUGCAUCUGCUGGACGUGGGUCUGCAGCACGAGCCCACAUGCCACAUUGUCUGUCCGGCUGCGAACAAUCGUGCUCCCAACGUCACGCAUUUGGUGCCGCUGCGGAAAUGGGGGGCAUUAGCCUUCGACGCAGCCACCUUGGAUUUGGUGUCGCUGAGUGUACCAAAGGCCCAUCUAAUCGAAACAUUCCGGAAUGACAACUCGCUAGAUAACCGCAUCAGCAUUAUACACUACUUUCUGAUCCAUUCCUCGGAUAUGGAUGUUCUGGCCGAGCUGCUGAGCAGCAUAUUAGAGAGACCCCUUUCGCUGGACACGGUGGCACUUGUCAAGGAGGCGCUUAUUGCCGGCAGCUUUGCAGCCGCCGUGCGCGGCCUGCCCGAGGAGGCGAAGCCACUGAUGCGCCUGCUCCCGCUUACCACUGCGGUGGCCACGCGGCCCAUUCAAGCGCGGGUCGCAGACAUCAGCGUUGGCAUCUCGCACGAGGCGCUGCACAACACAAACAUGAUGCUAUUGUCGCCACAGCAGCGACUGUCUCCGUAUCGCACAGACAUUUGGACGCGUCUCUGGGAGCUGCUCAACGAGUCCGCCAAGCAAGAGCAGCCACGCUUUGCAGCCGAGCAAGUGACGGAGAAACUGAUCUUUAGCUUAGCUUGCUACCAGCCAGAGGCACUUUCUCGCUGCACGACACCCAUGACACCGGACGCUAGCAGCAGUGGCUUUGGCGAUUACAGCAGCGGCAGCUCGUUCCCCUUUAGCAACGAGGUGCUGCCUUUUAUUGAACUCGAGGGCUGUACGGCCAGCAAGCAGGAGCACGUGCUUUCUGUGUACCUGCGAGAGCUAAGCGUUCAUCUGGUUAAGCAUUCCUCGAAGCCACAUUCAGGCUUUCGCUGGCUGAAGGAAACCUUUUUCGAGCGCUCGCAGGCUCCGGCCCAUGUGCAUGCGGUUGCUUCGCAGUUUGUUUCCGCCCAGUUGGAGCUUUCGCGUGCGCUGUGCUCGCUGGUCUGUCGCGCUGCCGGCCUAGAUGCUCGCCUGGAGACGUUGCGCGGCUUCAAGUUGAUUGAUCAGAUGUCCAGCGUCCAACAGCAUUCGCUGUUUCUUAUACUGGAACGUUAUUGCUUGGCCGUGGAAUCGAUUGCCUUUCCGCUGCCUGAAGGCUUCUCCUCGUUCUUCACGUACCUGGGCUAUCGCGCCCUAGACUAUGACAUGUUCCUGCAAUACGUGGAGAAUCAUGUUUUUGAGCUGCAAGUUGAUGUCAUGAAGAGCAUUGUCUACGACAUUGAGGACACUCCGCAGGGCAUCGAUCGCAAGCUGUCGCUGUUGUCGGCACUGCCAAAGCAGCGCGCCCAGCGUCUGCUCAAAUGCUGGCAGCAUCCCGAGAGCCUUAUGAUACGCGGUCGAGAACAUGCGGCUAAUAUUCUGUCGGGUCAUCAUCAGGAGCCGGCUCAGCGACGCGGAUCUGGCGGUGUCUCGCAAUCGCGCAUGCAUGCCAGAAGCGAUCUCAGCGCGGAAACGUUGUCGCCGCUGGACUCAUUUCUGGAUUUGCUCACCGCAAAAGCGAGCCUCAAUGAAUUGGACUACAAUUUGUUAAUUGAAGCCACGCUAAGUUCAAUGGAGCAGAUAAAAGUCAGCGAAUAGUCUAUUAAGAACUUUUACAACUGCGGCCUGUGGCCAAGUAAUUGAAUUAUUUAUGUUAAAUGAAUGUUGGCCAAAAUAGUGUGUCAAAUGUGUAAAAGUAAAUUAGAGUAUUUAAAAUCAUA